CUGGAAUUUCCCGGUUCCGGUAGUUGAAACGUCAACUGCCAAACCUGUAACUUAGUGGCUCAUUGCCGCUGUAACCCCGAAAGCAAGAGUUGAAUUUGGAGCAACGGGUUCAACAUGGGGAGGGUGUUUCUGGUAGACCUCGAAGGCAAGACUUACCGAUGCAGAUUCUGCGAGAACGCUCUUGCUCUUGCCGACGACGUACUCUCUAGGCAUUUCAAUUGCAGUCGGGGGAGGGCAUACCUUUUCAGCAAUGUGGUAAAUAUAACACUUGGACAUCAGGAAGAGCGGCUGAUGCUUUCUGGUUUGCAUACUGUAGAAGAUAUUUUCUGCUGCUGCUGUGGACAAUAUGUUGGUUGGAAAUAUGUGGCAGCACAUGACAAGAGCCAAAAAUACAAGGAAGGGAAGUUUGUUCUUGAAAGAUGGAGGAUAGUUGAGGAGGUCACAGAGGAAUUCCAUUUGGAUGCCCGCCCUGGUUCGAGUGAUGCAGAAAAUCCAUAGAAAGUUGCUGCUUUUUUCUUCUUCUUUUUCAAAAUCAAAUGCUAAAUUCUAGAAAAUAUAGUAAUGUAUCAUUCUGGAGUCUCACCGCCAAGAUUCAUAUGAUGCAGGAGGAUGACAUUUUGACCACAAAUGUUCUUAUUAAUCACCCCAUCAUUGAAAUCGAUUUCGGAAACUUCUUUGAGGAGUUACAUAGAAUAAAUCAAAUGAAAUAGUUUUGAUGCCA